AUGCGUCCUUCUACCGCAUUUUCACAAGGUCUCCGUGCCUGCAACAGCCUUCUUCCCCGAGCAGUUCCUCGCACGGCAUCUCGUCCAUUCUCUCAGCUCGUCAACCGUUCUCCUCUUCCCUCAACACAUAUCUCGAGACCUCAAAGACUACCUAUUCUACACCACGCAAUCAUCAGAAAUAACUCGAGCUCACCCCUCACCGAUAGACCCGACCAGGCCUCGACCGAUGCACAAAACGAAGAACAAAACAGAUUGCGCCGCGAACAAGAACCUGCAUACCAAAUCACAUUUACCUGCAAGCCAUGUGGCAACCGUUCGUCUCACAGGAUGUCCAAGCACGGUUAUCACCGUGGAACGGUGUUGAUUCGCUGCCCCUCGUGCGAUAACCGUCAUGUUAUCAGCGACCACUUGAACAUCUUUUUCGACAAAAAGAGCACCCUUGAAGACAUUCUGGCAAAGGAGGGCCAGAAGUUGACUCGGGGCUAUUUGAAUGGGGACAUGGAGUUCUGGGAUGAUGGAAGUGUGACUCCCAAAGAGAAGGCAGAGGAGCAGAAGCCGGACGAAGGCAAAGGACAAUUGCCAUAA